AUGCCUGAAAAGCUAAGAGACAGAGCUACAAUUCCCAUAUUUUUCCAGAAUUGUUUUAGAAGGUGUUUCAGCAUCCCCAUAGAACUCAUUGUCGACAUACUCUUAAGGCUACCAGUCGAAUCUCUAAUAAGACGUGGUUGUGUGUGCAAGUCAUUGCGUAGUCUCAUCUUCGAUCCUCGUUUUGUUAUGACUCACCUCAACAACACAGUCACAGGCAUCAACAUGAACAUGAACAUGAAUCUCUUGGUCUCACAUAAUGACUCUCUUCUUUCGAUGUACUGCGAAGGAUCCAAGGAUGGAGAUGGUAGUCAUCUCGCAAUCAAGAAGGUUGAUCAUCCUGCAGUAAUGGACCCAGAUGUGUGUUUGUGUAUUUUGGGCUCUUGCAAUGACUUGGUAUGUCUAGAAAUCGGCGACGACAACUCCAUUAUUAUAUUAUGGAACCCUUGUACUAGAGAUACCAAGGUGUUAGCACAACCUCCAUAUCAUUUCCAAGACAAGAUGUUUCACGGAUUCGGUUAUGAUUCUUUAACUGAAGAUUACAAGAUAAUGUUGGCCACUGAGGGGCCUUCUGAAGUUAUGAUGAAUGUCUUUUCACUAAAAAGGAAUUCAUGGAGGACUUAUGAAUACCUUGCUGAUUUGAGAACGACUGAUCAGCAGGGUUGCUUCUUAAACGGAGCUCUUCAUUGGAUAACGUCUGGAACUAUCACCUCUCUGGAUUUAGCAGAUGAGGAAUUCAAGGAGAUUGUGCCAUUACCCUAUUGUGGCAACACGGAUUAUAGCUUCGAGGGAGUUACCAGUGCUCGAAAUUGUCUUUAUCUGUAUAACGACCCGACUGAAGACACAGAUUUUUGCAUAUGGAUUAUGAAGGAAUAUGGUGUCAAGGAAUCUUGGACUAGAGUCAUAAAAAUUUCAUCAGAGAUUUUGGCUCAACAGGUUUUCGUGGAAGUGGAUAAACUUGAGCUGAAGGUUGUCUGCAUUUUAGAGAAUGGUGAAGUUUUGAUGGAUCAUGAAGGAAAGGUCUUGGUAUCAUAUAAUCCCAAGACUAGGACAUUUAGGAAUAUUAUUAAUGGUAAAGAAGAUGAUGAAUUCCAAGCAACUACUUACCUAGAGACUUUAGUUUCGCCGGUAACAGCAGCAGAGGGUGGUGGUGGUGCAAACAAUAUGUGAACUCAGCCCAAUUCCUUUUGCCCUUACUGUUUGUUUCUGGCUUGUUCCUUUUGUUUUCUGCUUCAAAGCCUUAACCUCAAAUGUGUGUUGUGUAUGCGAAACAAUUUUACUUUCCAAUCA